AUGUCCUCUCCCGCUCCCGCUCCCGUCCUCAAGGCUCCGGUGCCUGGCGCACAUCGCAACAACAAGCUCCCAUCCCUGACAUUGGGCAUACCGCCGUCUCCCAAUGCCAAACCGGUCAACCAGACGGGCGUGGCAGCCCCGUCCCUGGCCAUCAGCAUCCCCCAGAAGCCCGCCAGCAGAGCACCCCCAAAGCUGAGACUGGCCACCCCCUUAGGCGCCGGUGCUGGCGGCAACAAACCUGCAUACCAGGAUCCCAACGCUCUACACAACGGUCGCCCCGUUCCACAGCACUACAAUUCAACAGGCUCGUCAGACAGCAGCCAGAAUAAUAAUGUACACUCGCGCUCAGGGAGCUUUACAGGCCUCGACGCCAGAGGUAGCGGGCCUCCCACCUCGGCCACCUCGUCCACUUACUCCGCCCCAUCCUUUGCAUACGGCCUUCGACAGCCUUACCAGACUCCCGACCCUACGUCGGCCAUCAGCUCAGUGUAUUCUGAUCUAGGCGAUGGCUCGGCGAUGGAGAGAGAAAACAGUGUCAACGGCCUCACAGACCUCGACAAACUCAGCCAGGAGCUCGGAAGGCCGCUGGACGUUGAAGAUCUGGACGACGAGCGAUGGCUGGCUGCCAGUGAACAGGGCAAGAUCAUCGAGCUCGGCAGUCUCGGUGAGGGUGCCGGCGGAGCUGUCACUCGAUGUCUGCUCAAGGGUGGAAAGACCGUUUUUGCUCUAAAGAUCAUUACGACUGACCCAAACCCAGAUGUCAAAAAGCAGAUUGUUCGAGAGCUUAAUUUUAACAAGGGAUGUGCUUCGGACUACAUAUGCCGAUACUACGGUGCAUUCGUCGACAGAUCAAGUAGCUCGAUAUCCAUCAUCAUGGAGCUAUGUGAAGGUGGCAGUCUAGACAGCAUAUACCGAGAAGUCAAGAAGCUCGGCGGUCGAACUGGAGAGAAGGUUCUCGGAAAGGUUGCCGAAGGCGUCUUGAACGGCUUAACUUACCUCCACGGUCGAAAGAUCAUUCACAGAGAUAUAAAACCAUCAAACAUCCUCCUCUGCCGCAACGGACAGGUCAAGCUCUGUGACUUUGGUGUCAGUGGCGAAUUCGGAACCAAAGGUGAUGCAAACACAUUCAUUGGCACGUCUUACUACAUGGCCCCUGAAAGAAUCACGGGCCAGUCCUAUACCAUCACAUCCGACGUCUGGUCCCUCGGAGUUACACUGCUUGAAGUUGCACAGCACCGUUUCCCAUUCCCUGCCGACGGAACAGAGAUACAGCCCAGAUCGGUCCUCAUCGACCUCCUCACCUACAUCAUCCACCAGCCCAUUCCAAAACUCAAGGACGAACCUCAAAACGGCAUCUACUGGAGUGACAACUUCAAAUACUUCAUCGAGUGCUGCUUGGAGAAAGAUCAUCCCCGACGAGCCACGCCCUGGCGAAUGCUCGAACACCCGUGGAUGCUCGAGAUAAAAGAACAAGAAAGUUAA